UGUUUCCUUUCUUCUAUUUCUUUUUUUUUUUUUUUUCACAACUAGCUACAUUAACACAAUGCAUCACAGUCACCAAUACCCACUGCCUUGUUUGUAUUGCCACCCAUAUAGCUAUAUUAGGAUGGUUCAAAAUCUCAUAGAGAGAUGCAUGCUCUUUCACAUGAGUCAAGACCAGUGCAUAAAGGCACUAGCAGAACAUGCAGGGAUUAAACCACUUGUUACAGUCACAGUGUGGAAAGAGUUGCAAAAGGAGAACAAGGAGUUCUUUAGAGCAUAUUUACAAGUUGUCUCCCCAAGGCCAUUCAUGAGUAAGAGAUCUAAACUUCCAUGUCUUUUCCAGAACCAGUUUGGUUUAAAAUUUGAAACUACGAUGUGGAAACAUAUAAAAUGAUUGUGAAGAUUUAUAUGUAGCUCAACAUCAGUUUAUGACCAUUAAUCUUGGUAUAAUUAAGGCUUCUAUCUAUGCUGUGCAUGCACAGUUAUAUCAGUUCUUAUUUUUUAAUUUUUCAGGUAGAUAUUUUCAAAGGGGACCAAGAUUAGCAAGAAGGAAACACUGGAAAUGAUCAAGUAAUUAGUAGUGGGCCAGUAAUCCUACAAGGGAAAAGUGAACUGGAUUACUCUGUCAUCAUUAAGUUAAAGAUGGAUCAGGGAUUAUUAGUUACCGGUUUAAAUAUUAAUGAUGACUAAUCAUAGCAAGGAAGUUGUUAGCUUUAUUUUUGGUCAGUAUCUCCUUAGGAUUUGUGGGUUCAUGGCAUAUAUAAUGGCCUAUGGUUCUAGUUCUUUAAAACUAGAUGCUGUUCUGGAGGACAUAAAAGAAAUAAAAUUGUACCAUAGCCAUUAGCUAUAAGGAUGUAAACAAAGUGAUUCAAGUCUUUUACAUUUAGUUUUGUGUAAUUUUUUAAGUUUAUUUGAGAUUUUCAUUUCUUUCUGUGGAUGCUUAUUUCCAGUAUUUUGACUGUAAAAAGCUGUCAUUGGAAUAAUUUCCACA